UCUGAACCUGAGACUGAUGACAGUGCUGAUUGGAAGGAGACCAGAGAACCUCAGUCAGCUUUAAACUCUCUGAAACAUGACUCAACAUGUAAGAAAACAUUCAGCUGCUCUGAGUGUGGGAACCGAUUUAGCACAAAGCCACACCUGAAGAGACACAUGAGAAUCCACACAGGAGAAAAACCUUUCAGCUGUUUAGUUUGUAAGAAAACGUUUUUAACGUCUAGAAAUUUACGGUUACACAUGAUUAUCCACACAGGAGAAAAACCUUUCAGCUGCUCAGUCUGUAAGAAAUCUUUUACACAGAGAGGAGGUUUACAGACACACAUGAGAACUCAUACAGGAGAGAAGCCUUUCAGCUGCUCUGAGUGUGGUAAAGCUUUCACUGAACGUGGAACCCUGAAGAACCACAUGAGAACUCACACAGGAGAAAAACCUUUCAGCUGCUCAGUCUGUAAGAAAUCUUUUACACAGAGUGGAGAUUUACGGUCACACAUGAAAACUCACACAGGAGAGAAACCUUUUAGCUGCUCUGUUUGUAAGAAAUCUUUUACACGGAAAGGAGGUUUACGGUCACACAUGGCCAUAGUCCACACAGGAGAGAAACCUUUUAGCUGCUCAGUUUGUAAGAAAUCUUUUACACAGAGAGGACAUUUACAGUCACACAUGGUAGUCCACACAGGAGAGAAAAAAUUCAGCUGCAGUGUUUGUAACAAAAGAUUUGCCUGGCGUUCUCAUGUCAAAACACAUAAAUGUGUUGGUCAGACUGGAGACUCUUCUGAACCUGAGACUGGUGACAUGGAAUAACGUUUGUGCCUUUAAGUCCAAUCUAAACUUCUCAAGUAUCAAACAAAAAUCUUUAUGUAUCAACAUCUAGAUAGAAGACAUUAUAUUGUGUGGUAG